AUGCCAUGGCAUGAAGCUCGCUACCCACGCGAUAUCUGUGACGACGAAACAUACCAACAGUACCUGAGCGGCGCUACUCUGUAUAGAACGGACAGAAGUCUUGCACAGGCACGUCGAAAGUAUGAGCUCUGGAACAGACCGGAGUCCUCAGUGCAUCGCAUGCUCAUCUGCCAGCCGCCCGCGGUCGCCGUCGAUAUCCUUUUUCCGUGCAAGCACAAGUCUGACAAUAACGCGGCUCCAUUGUCGUUCCAUGCUGGUCGCGGUGCCAUAGGCGUUACGGCUGGUGAAGUGUUUCAGUAUGUGGUCCGGUCAGGUAAAGGGGGCGGCGAGCGCAGUGGAUACUUCCUUCCAGAACCGUACAAGGUCAACAAAGCUGUCAUGCAGUCGCUGCGGGGCUUCUGGACGAAAGCAUACACUGCUGGAUAUGACGCUAUCGAUGCUAAGAAGGACUGCCACGAAGGCGACUAUGGUGACUCCAGCUCUUGCAGCGAUACUUCGAGUGAGAGCGAAGAUGAAGAUGAAGAAUAA